AUGUUUACGGACCAGAUUCCCGACAAACCGCGAUACUCCAACGAGUAUACGCCAUCCGCAAAACCGCUCCUCGCAAACCCGUGUCCUCUGGUUCCCUGUGCAGAUGAUUUGACGGAGGGCUGGGGACUGUCGUUCUCGCUAAGCUACCAGAAAAGCAUCACCGGCAGAGCUGCAGGGUCUGGCUCCUGGGAAGGUCUCGCCAAUUUGUUCUGGUUCGCUGACAGGAAGAAUGGAGUUGGCGGAAUCAUUGCCUCGCAGAUUCUUCCAUAUGGAGACCUAAAGGUUCUUGAUACGAAUGACACCGUCGAGAAAAUGAUGUACGAUGAACUCUUGCGCAUUUCAUAA